AUGUCUUGGCACAUGGGAAAUCCCCCAGGGGAGGGAGGGAGCGGGAGAGAGAGCGAGAGAGUGCCUGAGUCCACCCUUCUUAGCCUGCCUAAAGGGUCUUUCUUAGGCUGCACCUUCUUUCCAGGCUCUGAGCUGCAAAGCUGCAGGCUUCCCUUAAUAACCUGUUCUGUUUUUUUAGAGAAGCUCCCAGGACAUUUGAUUCCGAAUGCAGCUGGUUUGGGCCGCUCGUUCCUUGCCCCUACUUGUGUUGAGGCGAGCCUUCUCCUUUUUUUUUUAAACCCACAAGAAACAAAUCCAGCUCAGGGCGAACUUAACAGAAGAGCGAUCACAAGCGUUUCCCACAAUUCUCUCUUCUCCACGUUUCAGUUUCCGUACACAUCGGCACAAGUCUGGGCUUUGCUGUUCGUAGGUCAGCCUGUGCACCUACCUCCUCUGUGCUCUCAGGAGUUUCAGGAAAUGGUAAUUGUCAUGUUGAUAAAGAGUUGUUCAGCAUGUAAGGACACUGAGCAUUGAGGCUAGGGCUCCUGUCUGUGGUUAGAUGAAGGCAAAAGUGAAAACUGUUUCCCAAGUUAGGGGAAAUGUAAAAAAUAAUAAUUAAAUUUGACAUGUAUUCUAGGAUUAUUAUAACAUUCUUGGUUUCAAAACUAGCUGCUUUUUCUGCCAGGGAGUCUGCAGCCAGUGAUCUUUGAAAUAACUUGCAUUGCUAAAAUCCUAUGCCCAGCCUAAUGCAUUGCUAAAAUACUGUCCCCAACCUGAUAUCCUCCAGACAUUUUGGAUUACGAUUUCAUUAGCUCCAGCCAGCAUGGCAGUGCUAGCUGGGGAUGAUGGAAGUUGUAAUCCAGGACAUCUGGAGAGCACCAGGCUGGGGAAGUCUGCUCUGUAAAAUAAAAUCCAUGUUGUGCAUACAAGUCCUAUAGAUUCUGAGGGAAGUUGUGACUUUUUCCUGUAUGUGUCUCAGGUCUUACACUUUUGGAAACCUCUGUGAAAUCCUGCAAUGUACUUUUAAAUGUAUUAAGAUCUGCCACUCAGGAUACAACAUUACUUUGCCUGAGAUACUACUAUUAAAAUGGGGACAAUUAGAAGCAAGGGUGAACACAUUAAAGGACACAUUGUCUUUAAGAGGGAUUGCCACUUUUCCUAUUCUCACUACCAGCCACACCCUCAUGAUAGAAAAGUUGCUGCUGUGUACAAGUAUAUAUUGAUUUGUAAGUAUGGAGCACCUGUGCUUUGGCAUAGUUUACCCACCUCCUUUGGCAUUUCAGUGUCACAUUUCAGUGCUUUUUUAAUGUAACUUGAAACUGUAGCCAAAUAUUUUACCAUCCCUUGAUUCAAAUUUGUUAGAGCUACGAAGGUCCUGGGGGGCGGGCAGCGCUAGUUUGUGGGCUGCCAGUCAGUUUUUUCUGGGCUCACCAAGUGGUCACCACUGAAGUUUUAUUUGCUACAAUUAUAUCUGCCUUUACUCCAAGAUGCUCAGUGCAGUGUUCAUAGUUCUUGGAUUGUGUGCAACUAAGUUUUAGGAGUAAAUCCACUGAAAUAUUUAGGCUCCUGGUGAAAAUGUUUCUCUUCAACCAGUCGUUUGGCUGAUUAACAUUCUGUGGCCUUUUAAAUGUGUCUGGGGGCUGUUAUUGUAGAGACCUAGAAACUUCAUAUUUGACUUUCCAGACUUUGUUGAACAUUGAAUGGUAUGGCUUCUCUCCUUCGUUAGUAUUGGUGCUGUUUAAGGGCUUAGAGAGCAAUAUUCAGUUCUCACAAAAAAAUAAAAAUAAAAUGGAGAGCCCUGUUCCAGUGAGGCAGCCAUGGUAUUAGCCAGCUAGGGUUGGUGGGAUGGAGCUUUUAGCAACAGGUAUAGAUUCUAAAGCAGCAAGAGAGGUACCUUUACCUGACUCCCAUAUCCUUUCUGCCAUGUAUCCUAAUCAAUAUUAUUAUUUCUCAAUAGUCUCCUGCCAACUAGAGUGAAGUAGCUGAGUAUGACAGGAUGUGAUACCCCAGGGAAACAGGUCUGGCUGGCCCCAUUAUAUAUGUCCUGCUAUCUUGGGGAAAACAUGUUUUUUGUGGGGAGGCUGACUUGAGAUCAUCUGCUGCUGUGGAUAUUUCUCUUGCAUUUUAUUAUGUUUGGAUUGUUUUUAAAAAUGUAUACCUCUCUUUUCUGUUAUUAGACUUCAAUAAGAAUAAAACAAAAGGUGGCAGUAGGCAUGGGAUGCUCUGUGACAAACCUGAGGCUCAGGGCUUCUACUGCACUUGUGUGUCAUUUGCUGGGAAUUAGCUCACUUCCUAUCUUCAGCAUGCACAGUUUAUCUCAAGUGCCAUAUGCUGUUCUUCAUCACCCUCACAACAUCAUCACUGUAGAUAACUGCGGCAACCAUAGCUAUUGAAAGAUAGGGUGGAUGGCUGAAGUCCUGAUUAACAGCCAGGAGACUGAGAGGUGUUGAGUGGAGAGAUGUGUAAGAAGGAAAAGGAAUGGUUUUCUGUAUAUAUUUAUUUGUAUUGAUGGUUUUAUUGUGUAUUUCUGUAACAUUUGUUGUGUUAGUGGUGGACUUCUUGGGCCACAGUCAUUUGAAAGGUGCCCAUCAAACUAAUAUCCAGAGCAUAUCCCCCUCCGUGAAAACUACCUUGAUCACUUGCAAACCUUAUGUCCAGUGCAUAGCCUACACUCUACAGACUUGGUAAAAGAAAUAGAUGCGUCUGCAUUAUCUGAUGCUGCAGUACAACAUUAAGACUACCAUGCUGAGUGGCAAAAGCAGGCUUACUAUAACUGCUUGCAUACCUUUUCUUUUAAAUUGGUGUAAAUGUUUAUCUUAAAUCUGUUCUUAUGAUACUGAUGUAGGACCAGUUAUGCUAGUAUGUUUUUCUUGCAGACAAUAUUAGAAAAUUGCUUUAUCCUCUUGUGUGGCCAUCCCAGGGGGUUUUCUCAUUAGAAGAUGGUUUAAGACACUCAGCAUUUCUGCUUUAUUCAGUUUUUCUGAUUCUGUCUCUCCCCGCCUCCCUUCUUCCCAUCUUUAAUUUCAGUAUUUUCUUUAAUUUUUCAAACAAAAAACUUUAGCAGCUUGGUCUGAAAAUUAUGCUAAAAUAAACUGUAAACGACACACCAUUGAAGUAUAAGUUGGAUUUUUAAAAAUAAUGUUGCUGUAAUAAGGAAAUGAACUUGAAAUCUGCCUUGGCUACUUCCUUGUAACAAAUGGUUGUGCCUGCUUAUACCUUUCUAAGAGGCUAAUUUGAGCAAGAGGAAGCAAGUGUUGCAUUUGUGAGUUAACAAGGUAGCUGGAAAUCUGCCUCUGUGUAUUUGGAUCAUUCUCUUGAAGAGCUUUUUCCAGAGUGUAAGGUCCAGAACUCCUCACAGCAGAAUUCAUUUUACAAGAAAGAAAUGGCAUCUCUUUUUAUGUGUCUUCCUCAUUACUCUGUUCAGCCUUCAGUUUCCAUGGGGACAGUGCUGUGGGGAAAACUUCCAGCAUAAUAUGACCACACCUUUUGGGUGCAUCCUAUUCUUUUCUUUACAAUUGCAGCAAGGCAAAUGAGGCUCAGUGUUCUAUUCUGAAAAUACCUUAUCUGGCUUUGGGUAUCGGGUGAUGGCAGUAUUGCCUCUUGCUGAUGUACUUAAACAUCUUGGCUCUGUCAUUAAACUUUAUACCCAAUAGGUUUCUUCACUUAAGCUGAAGGAAAGAGGCUCUUCUGUUUGUCCAUCCUGACAAAUUAUUUUGGGAAUUGGUCACUCCUUGCUUGUGUUUUUAAGUUGUUGCCGUACAGUGCAGUUCUAUGCAUGUCUACUCAGUAGCAGAGCCUUUGAACUCCUAGGUAGGUGUUCGUAGGAUUUCAGCCUCGGUGUUGGUCUGUUAAGCCUUCAAAGGGGUCCAUAUGCUGUUGGCAUUGACCUUCCUAUGUUUAAUUUGCUUUGGCUAGAUUCCUCUGUAGCCAAAUUUCUCUAGGUUUCCAUUUUUUUUAAAAAAAUAAUAUUUAUUGAUUUUAAAGGAUUACAAAAAGAAAAAAUUAAAAAACAGCAUAUUAAAAAGAUACAAAACAUCACAUCUCAAUAAUAGGAAAAGAAAAAAAGAAAAAAAAAACCAAAAAAUUUACAAAGAAUCUUCUCAUAACUUAUCUUUCGUUUGCUUAUUUCCUUGACCUCCUCACACCUCCCUUUUUUGUAUUCUAGUUCAAUUAGCUAUUUUAGCAAAUCCUUUCCAUCUUUUCCAAUUUUUGUCCUCUAUUUUAUCUUAAUAUAAUGUAAAUUUACUUUCCCUCCUUCACCAUUUAGCAAUCUAUUUUUUCUUAAUCCUUUAUAGCAUUUCUGCUAAAACCACAUUAUUUCAUUCCAACAUCCUUCUAACAUUCCUUAAUUUUACAAUGUUUCUGUAAAUAAACUUUAAAUUUCUUCCAAUCUUCUUCCACCAACUCUUCUCCCUGGUCUCGGAUUCUGCCAGUUAGGUUUCCAAUAUUUUAUCCCUAUAUUACAGAUUAAUUAUAGCAUCCCUGUGUAUAUCAUAUGUAUAACAGAAUAAUGGUAAAAUGUUUGCAUGUCAGUUGAAAACUUACAAUUUCCCACAGGCCUUUUGAGAUUUAAUUACCUGGACAAGUUUUGGAUAUUUGCUGUAGCUGACUGGCUGUUUUUAUCUCUUUUGACUUGCUGUAGAUUUUGCUUUUACAUUUUAUGAAUGUAUCCUGCUCUGGCAUCAGAUGGGUGGUUGUUUUUUUUAAUACAAAAAAAGGAGGUUAAUUUUAUCUCCCAAGGUCUAGGGCCCCUGCUCAAAGCAGUGUAUCUGAAAAGAGGAAACACUUUCUAGGCUUCGGGAAGGGCUGGGCAUGUGCUACAUUGAGAGAUUCUAGACUGAAGCUAGUGAAAGUUGUGGGCCUUUUGCAAUGGCAACCUCUCUGUGUGACACCUUCCCAAAAAAAGAUUUGGCCGGCUACCUCACUCAUUGCAUUUAGAAAGCGGGUCAGGUCCUUUCUUUUUAUUUCCUUUUUUAAGGACAGCUUUUAUGAAUUAAGUGUGUUAUUGAAGCUGAUUGUUGUAUUUGCUAUGUGUUUUAUAGAGCCAUGUUUGGCUAAGAGGCAAAGAGUGAAUGUAAUAAGGGUGUUUGGCAGCCCAGGAUGCAAAUACCGUAUAUUUCGCUCUAUAAGACGCACUAGACCACAAGACGCACCUAGUUUUUGGAGGAGGAAAACAAGAAAAAAAAAAUUGGAAUCUCAGAAGCCAGAACAGCAAGAGGGAUUGCUGCGCAGUGAAAGCAGCAAUCCCUCUUGCUCUUCUGGCUUCUGUGAUAGCUGCACAGCCUGCAUUCGUUCCAUAAGACGCACACACAUUUCCCCUUACUUUUUAGGCGGGAAAAAGUGAGUCUUAUAGAGCAAAAAAUAUGGUAAUUCAUUCUACGUAUUAGAGAGGAAUAAUUAGAAAUUGCAAUAUUUGGAUGAGAUACUGAAUUUCCGACUAAAUAUUAGGAAGGAUUUUCUGACAGUAAGAGCUGCCUGACAGUGGAAAAGAUUCCCUUGGAUGGUAGUGGACUCUCUUUCCUUGGAGGUUUUUAAGCAUUGUUGGAUGGCCAUAUGUCAUGUUAAGUUGUGAUUCUUGCAUUGCAGGGGGGUUGGACUAGAUGAUUCUUGGGGUCCCUUGCAAUUCUACAAUUCCAUGAAUCAAUAUAUUUAGGGAUGCAAUUCCUUGCUUACUUCCUGUUAUGAAAGUGCACAUUUCAGUAUGGUAGUUCAUAAUAAAGGUUCAAGCAUUAAACAUAUGUAAAAUCCAAACAUUAGGUAUAAUUUUGAAAAUAAAAAGUUCAUUGUUGGCUUAUCUGCAGUUAUGAAGGUUAAUCACAUACGCAGCUGCCCCUACAUUGCUUGGAAUAUAAAUUUCUGUACUUUAAGCUUUCAUGAUGCACAGGCUUUGAGACUUUCAUUUGCCACUGAGGGCAUGUUCUUGCCCUCUGGUGAGUGUCAUGAGCCCUGGACUUCUGCCCAAACCUGGACUUGCAGAAUGGUGGUGAGAAUCCACACAUUAGUGUGGGAAUAGUCCAUGGGUGGGAGGAGGAUGGGGGCCUACAAAGCAUUAUAAAUCUCAUAGCAGCAUAGUGCUGAACAGACAAGCCCCUGCUAUCCUUUUCAUAAUUGCCCCUGGGAAGUGGUGGUCCAGGAGCUGCACUAGGUAUAUAUGGAGACAUUAUGGAGAUAGAAAAGAAAAGCCUCUGUACUCACUUACAAGUGAGUAAAUAUACUUGUUUGCAUGACUCCUGUAUUCAUUUCAACCUGGAAAGAUUUGAGCAAAGUGUGUCUAAAAGUACAGCAAAUGUAGAGCAAAUGUUAGACAGUAAGACCAGUUGCCAAGACAGGGUUGUGAAAUUGGAAGCUUUUUAAGACCUGGCUAGACAUUUGUCCACUAGGGAUGUCUUUAUGAUAGCUCAAUACAUCCAGGCAUGUUGCCGGGAGGUUGCCUAAGGGUGAGGCAAUAAGGCAAGUCAAAUAGCUGUAAAGGCCCUCAGCAGAAGGCAUAGAAAUAAAAACUGCAUUUAUUCCAGAGUCCAGAUAUGUUUUGACAACUGUAAUUCUGAAACUACCAGUCCGUAGGAACACCAUAUUCUUCAUUGUGUACAUAUACAUAUGUCUGCAUGCCUGUCAAGAACACCAACCUAUGCCCUUAAAGCAGAAUAAUUCAAAUGCAAAUUUGCUAAUAUCCAAAGACUUCAAGACUGUCUUGCAACAUAAUCUUCUGUAUAUCUAUUCAGAAGUAAGGUUCAUUGAGCAAAAUAGUACUCUCAUCCAAGUGUUUGAUGGAUUGCACAGCAUUUUUUGCUUUUUCUGCUAAUUUGAUGGACAUCUAAUUGUCUGUGUAUGUGUGCCGACACAUACAUACAUAGAUGAAUAUGAAUAGUAACAGUGAUCUGUUAAAUUAAGAAUUCUAAAGUAUUGGAAAAGGAGAGAGAUGUCCAAUAGGGCUGUGCAAAACAAUAUUUGUUGCAAUAUCUGAAAAGUGAGUACAGAACCCUAGCCUCAAAAUACAUUCGGAGUAAAGAAUAUAGUAUCCCUGUACUGCUGUGAUCUUUUGUAGGCUGUAGUAUCGGACACUCCUUCCCUCAGUAAUGCAACUUCUGCUGCUGAGUACACAGCACACCAAGUACCAGCAGAUCUGGCUUACUGAACACAAUGCAUUCCCUGGGAAUCAUUACUUAGGCAAAUGUUUGCAUUAAGAAGUCCACAAUUUCCAUUAUUUCUUAUGGAAAUAUUUCUAAUGUGGGAUUGGUCCAAUAUCUUUUCACUCCCUCUUUCCAUGACUGAUGCUGACCAGCAAAACACAAAUAAACAAGAAAGUUGGCUGUUUGGUUAUGUGAAUCUGCAAAAUGUAUAGCAAAGUUUGGGUGUAAUUUUUUAUGUGUGGAUAAGUGAAUUUUUCAGAUAGCGAGCAUUCAGAUAGCAGGACCUGCAUGUACAAUAUUCCUGUACAAGGUACAGAAGAUGGGGACUUUUUUUACUAUUUGACUCCCUGUUGUUGUUGUUUUAAAUAAAUCUGGGAGACUUAAGUUUUCAAAUAAUUUAAAAAAACUUAAAAUAGUAGAACACUUGCUGUGCUGGAAGGUUGUUAUCAUCCUGGACUGUGUUCUGUUUUUAAAAGGCUGCACAACUAUUUGACACCUUUGUGUGGCAUAGUGCAGGAGUGCUCAGACUGAAGAAUUUUAAAAAUACAACACACCAUCAUUGUCUGUCACACUUGCACAACCACAUUCCCUAGUAGAGUUGUCUGGCUGGAUCAGGCUACAAGUCCAUCUAGUUCAGCAUCUUGAUUCUGGGAAGCAGGACAGUAGCCCUUCUGCAUUCUUAACCCCUAGCAAUUAGUAUUCAAAAACACAGUGCCUUUGAAGCACCUGGUGUAGUAGCCAUUGAUAGGCUUGGCCUCUGUUUCAUUUGUCCUUUUAAAGGCAUCUUAGCUAGUCGCCAAAGCAGCAUGGCUGGCAGUUUUGCCUGUAAUGCCAGAAUUUUUUAUAACACUGGAUGUGCAUUGGAAUUCACAACUGGGUUACAGUUCGAACAGUGGCAUGUAUUUGAUAAACGUUAAAGUUCUUGAGCUACUGCAUGUUGAACUUGGGUCACAAGUCUAACAAAGUUGAAGAUUUUUGGUAGAGGGUGUAGCCUGUGCAACUUUCCUACACAAGAAACAGGGCUGUUCAGGACCCACUUCAGAAAACUCAUUCUUUCUUUAUUUUUUAUCAGAUCUGUUUUUGUUUCCAUUUGAACUGGUUUGUUUGGUUUUUUUUGAAUGAGGAAUAACCCCCCCCCCCCAAUUUGCUUUAUUUAAGGCGAAAUUUGAUGAUAAAGGGUCCCAGGGGGCAUCACAUAUCCCUAAUUGGUUUUUGAAAAAAUAAAAUAAAAAUCAAGAUCAAGGCAUUGAGGUUGGCUCAUGGUUGGUGAUUGGCAUACUGGAGUGGGAAAGGAUGCGACUUAUUUACAUGAAGAAUCCCCUAUGUGUUUUUUCUAUGCAGUCUUCUAAUGCAGAUGACAAAGACAAUUCUAUGGGUGUGCCAUUGGAAAUUUCCCAACACUUUCUUUUUCAUUCUAGGUUUAA